CACAAACAUAACGAAAUGAUGCAGAGGGUGUUCAGAGGACUAAUUCAUGCUAAGAAAUGUCGAGGUAAAAAAUGUGAUCUGCUUUUGUGCAAGAACAUUAAAUCUGUUUUAUUGCACACUCACCAGUGUGGCAGAGCAGACAAGUGCAAAACAAAACGUUUUAUAAUCCAGUUAUGCGAGCAUCAUCAACAAAUGUGUUGCAACAAAAAUUGUGAAGUUGAAUUCUGCCAAGAGAUAGCCAGAAAGAAAAAAGAAGAUGAAAUACACAGGAUGUUCCUUAUUAAUAAAAAAGAGAAGCAGUUGGAACAGGAAUCAACUGUACGUAACUUACAGUCAGAAGAAUCUGGUCAGCGCAAUAUAUCAAUUAUCCCUAGUAUGCAAAGUAGCAGCUUUAUAACGGGUUUACAACCUAACUUUGCUCCUUGGCCACCCGGAUUCGGACCACUGCCAGGGGGUCAAUUUUUCUUUCCUAAUGUUCCUCUCCCCUGUCCUUACGGCAUGGAGAAUCAAAUCAACCAAAUAUGUACAGAGAGUGAUAAUUCUCAAAUGGCGCAGCCUGCACAUUACUCCUUCCCUCAACUUCAAGGGAACAGUGUAGGUGAUAGAACGAAAAUUUAUAAUUCGGAAAUGUCGGAUGAAAUAUCACAACUACCUCCUUCUCAGCCUGAUGAUUUAUAUACUGAAUUAGAACCAGAAAGAAGCGCAAAAGUCGAAGAAAGUUCAAUUUCUCCUACAGAAGAAAUGUACUAUCAAUUAUUGCGUGAAAAAGAACGUGGUACAAAGUCGGUAUUACCGAGCUUAUCACCGAAUGACCUACAAACCAUUUUAAUGGCAAGAGGGGAAGGUGCUCAAAUCCUUUCUCCCGUAACAGAUAACCGUGCAAACUAUUCUGAAGUUCUUAGCUUUUCACAACAAGAUAAUUCUCCUCACAGUUCUCAAGAAUCUGAACUUGAAGAGAACCCGAUUCCAACCAACAACUACGAAAGUACAAAGCCGUUAUCUAACACAUUUUUACCUUCGAAGAAAGUCGAUUCUAUUUAUAAUCAACAACAAUUACAAGCACGGCAUGAAGGCAGCGACAGAUUUAAGACUGAAGCUGAAUGGAGUAAAAUAGAUUUUGUAAAGCAGCAAAUGCUGCAGGAAGAAUUGGACGUGGAGACAGAGACGGCUGAUGAAACAGAUAGCGAUGGAAUAUCAAAACCAGAUUAUUAUGACGAUGAAUUUUCCCAAAGCAUUCCUGCGCAUAAACAUAUAGAGCAAAGCACGAUAACUUCAAUCGAAAGAAAUUUUCUGAAUAUCAUUAAAGGACAAAAGUUGAAAUAAUUUUUUAGCACAAGGAACAUGUUGAUUGUUUCUUUCUAUUGUUUGAAGGUUUUAAUUUUUAACAUACAUGAGAUUUCUUGUUAAGAAUAUAUAGGUUGUCUUAAGUGAUUCAUGGC